UUUUUUUUUUGGGUUCCUUUCUAUGUUUUCCCCUUGGAACAUUUGACCCCCCUUUUUGUAGAAUGGCUUCUUAUUUAAAAGAUGGAAAAAUAAGUAGCAUUGAACAACUGCAGCAGGCAAUUCAUUUUUAGUCAAAUUAUUCUUAUAUAGUUCAAUCAAGGUCUGCUUGAUUUUUACUCUCUUCCUUAAUGCUAGCGCCAAAUUUUUUUGACUGUGGAGCAUUAUGUUUAAAAUUUUCAAUAAAGUUAUCCGGAUUUGAAUGUUAUUUUGUUGCAUGGUCUGACGAGUUGAAUACUACUACUGCUAGCUGGGUGUGAAGAAGGCAGGCAGGGGUGUGCUAAGGGAAUGAAAGGAAACAGGCAAGUCAACGUGGCGCGCUUAUUGGCAACUAACUUGCACUUCCAAAGGAACCCAAACCUCUAAUCAAGAUUUGUGGUCUUCAUUUUUCUGUUGCUGCUUUGGCUUCUUCCUUUGAUUUUGAUAUCUCAACGUUCAACCACCCCACCUUUCUUUUCAUUCCCCGUCCCUGCCAGAAGGGGAGAAAAAACGUGAAAGUAAAAAAGAAAGGGGAAAUUAUCGACUCUGGGAAUAAUAACAGACUGAAGCUACAUCUGAAUCAAAGCUGCUUUUUCAGUCUAAAAUUACGAAAACAGCAAUGAGUGCUGCCACGGCAACUACAGCAAUGAGUGCUUCGACCGGUUUAAGCAAUGGUUUUAACAGCAGCCCCAACUGGCUGAAAUGGCAACCUUCUCCUUGUCAGCGUUCCAACUUCCUUAUCCCACGCGCUGCUUCCUCUCCCAACACUGGCAAAGGCAACAAGAAAAAGCCCAAAGCUAAAAAUACUUCUCCUCCUCCAACUCCUAUAACUAGGACGACAACAACAACAACAACAACUGAAUCUAUUUCACAAGACCAAACGCAACAACAACAGCAGCAGCAGCAGCAGCAAGUUUCGUUAAGUUUGGACGACGUCAACCCAGUGGGGUUGGGACGUAAAUCCAGACAAAUAUUUGACGAGGUUUGGAGGAAGUUCUCUGGGUUGGGGCAGAUUUCAAGGACAACUCGUGCCGAUGAUAGGGAAGCUUUGGAUGCUUUGCUUAUUAGAGAAGGACCCAUGUGUGAGUUUGCCAUUCCAGGUGCUCAAAACACCACUGUCCUUGUUGUUGGUGCCACCAGCCGCGUUGGACGCAUUGUUGUCCGUAAGCUCAUGCUCAGAGGAUACACCGUCAAGGCUUUGGUGAGGAAGGCAGAUCAAGAGGUCUUGGACAUGCUUCCUAGGUCAGUUGAGAUAGUGAUUGGGGAUGUGGGUGAGCCUUUCACCCUUCAAGCUGCUGUAGAAGGUUGCAACAAAAUUAUCUAUUGUGCCACUGCUCGGUCUACUAUCACUGGGGAUCUCUAUAGAGUUGAUCAUCAAGGGGUUUUAAACCUCACCAAAGCAUUGCAGGACUACAAUAAUCAACUGGCACAAAUUCGGGCAGGAAAAAGCAGCAAAAGCAAGCUUCUGCUUGCAAAGUUCAAAUCUGAAGAUUCAUUGAAUGGAUGGGAAGUACGUCAAGGUACUUACUUCCAGGAUGUGAUUGCUUCGAAGUACGAUGGCGGAAUGGUUGCCAAGUUUGAGUACACUGAGACUGGACAAGCUGUUUUCUCAGGCUAUGUUUUCACCAGAGGUGGGUAUGUUGAGCUGUCAAAAAAGUUUUCACUUCCUUUAGGUUGCACUCUUGACAGGUAUGAAGGUCUAGUUCUCUCUCUUGGUGGUAAUGGAAGAUCUUAUGUUGUAAUUCUUGAAGCUGGUCCUUCAGCAGAUACAACUCAAAGCAAAUUAUACUUUGCAAGAAUAAACACAAAAGUAGGAUUUUGUAGGGUCAGAGUGCCGUUUUCAUCAUUCCGUCCCGUGAAACCAGAUGACCCACCAUUAGAUCCAUUCCUUGUACAUACAUUAACUAUACGCUUUGAGCCACGAAGACAGAGGCCCGUGGAAGGACCAGCAGGAAUGAAGCAAGACCCCCGAAGUUUCAAGCUGAUAUUGGAAUAUAUAAAAGCUUUGCCUACUGGGCAAGAAACAGACUUUGUUUUAGUUUCGUGCACAGGAUUAGGAGUUGAGCCAAACCGAAGGGAGCAAGUUUUGAAAGCCAAGAGGGCUGGUGAGGAUUCAUUGAGAAGAUCAGGUCUUGGGUACACAAUAAUUCGCCCUGGUCCUCUAAAGGAGGAACCUGGUGGCCAACGUGCUCUUAUAUUUGAUCAAGGAAACAGGAUUUCUCAGGGCAUUAGUUGUGUUGAUGUGGCUGAUAUUUGCGUGAAAGCAUUGCAUGAUUCAACUGCAAGGAAUAAGAGCUUUGAUGUAUGUCAUGAAUACGUGGCUGAGGAAGGGAGGGAGCUUUAUGAGCUGGUCGCCCAUUUGCCUGACAAAGCAAAUAAUUAUUUGACUCCAGCUUUGUCUGUUUUGGAGAAAAACACUUGAUAAUUGUUUGACGAUAACAUGUUAUCCUCCUCUGCGGAAAAGGAUCUUGUUGUAACGACAUCUAGAAAGGAGGAAACAAGAAGAAAGAAGUCUCCUAACUUGAUGAUAUCUCUUUGGAAGUCAGCAACAAAACAAUUUCUGUUUUCUUUUCUGCCCAGAUGAUGAGCGUUGUAUAGGUCAUGCAUGGUCUUUUUUUUUCUGUAAAUCCAUAUGUAGUCUGAUAUAGAAAAUGUGUAUGUAUGGUGGAUAGCGUAUAGUGUAUAUGGAAAGCUCCAGAUAAUGGGGAGUCUUGUCGAAUAUUUUAAUUCAUUUUUCAUUGUAAUGCAGAAUAUCAUCAAUUGUUACACAAGUCAUAUUCAACAGUGUUUACAUUCUUUUAUGUCUUGAAUUCAUUACCCCUUCCUCCUAUUCCAAGUUCUCAAUAAACCACAUGGGCAGAGGAAAUUGGCAAUAUAAUGUUUAAGGAAUUGUCUUUCUUUCUCCCACUAUAUUUAAUCUUACAUUUUCAUA